UCUUCUCUGUUCUUACACUCAAGCCUAGCGGUGCUUUCGCCAGGCAGCAAGCAGCAGCGUCUCCUGCGAGUUUUAGUCAUGUGUGCAGCUCAGCUUGAUCGAGCGUUCCUUUUCUGCCUUUUCACUCUUACAAAAGAUUAAAAGGUGGCGUCACAUUGCUCCCCUGUUCCUUCCUGCAGGAGGGACUUAAAAGGGACAACAACAACAAAAAAAAACUAAUCACUCUCAAUAAGUAUUUUUUCUUGCUGGCAAUAAAUAAAUAAAUAAUAAAAGAACGGAGAGGAAAGAAAAAAAAUAAAUAGAAAGAAAAGAAAGGCAGAGAAGGGGGAAAGGCGAGGGGGUGGACUUAGCGGUGUAAUUUGAGCCGGUGGUGAGGAUUGGAGCGAGCUAGCGAUGCUGCACACUGCUAACAAGGGAAGGAAGCCUUCAGCCGAGGCAGGUCGUCCCAUUCCACCUACAUCCUCGUCUAGCCUCCUCCCAUCUGCUCAGCUGCCUAGUUCCCAUAAUCCUCCACCAGUUAGCUGCCAGAUGCCAUUGCUAGACAGCAACACCUCCCAUCAGAUCAUGGACACCAACCCUGAUGAGGAAUUCUCCCCCAAUUCAUACCUGCUCAGAGCAUGCUCAGGGCCCCAGCAAGCCUCCGGCAGUGGCCCUCCGAAUCACCACAGCCAGUCAACUCUGAGGCCCCCUUUGCCACCCCCUCAUAACCACACGUUGUCCCAUCACCACUCUUCUGCCAACUCCCUCAACAGGAACUCGCUGACCAAUCGGCGGAGCCAAAUCCACGCCCCAGCUCCAGCACCCAAUGACCUGGCCACCACGCCGGAGUCCGUUCAGCUUCAAGACAGCUGGGUGCUGAACAGCAACGUGCCGUUAGAGACUCGGCACUUCCUCUUCAAGACAUCCUCUGGAAGCACACCCCUGUUCAGCAGCUCUUCCCCAGGAUACCCUUUGACCUCAGGAACCGUUUACACACCACCACCCCGCCUGCUGCCACGGAAUACGUUCUCCAGGAAGGCCUUCAAGCUGAAGAAACCCUCCAAAUACUGCAGUUGGAAAUGUGCCGCCCUGUCUGCCAUCGCUGCCGCCCUCCUCUUGGCCAUUCUGCUGGCAUAUUUCAUAGCAAUGCAUCUGCUCGGACUCAAUUGGCAACUCCAGCCGGCAGAUGGACACACCUUUAACAAUGGCGUAAGGACCGGCUUACCAGGAAACGAUGAUGUGGCAACAAUGCCCUCUGGAGGCAAAGUGCCCUGGUCGUUGAAAAACAGCAGCAUAGACAGUGGCGAAGCAGAGGUUGGCCGACGGGUGACACAGGAAGUCCCCCCGGGGGUGUUUUGGAGGUCCCAGAUUCACAUCAGUCAGCCCCAAUUCCUAAAGUUCAACAUCUCCCUGGGGAAGGAUGCCCUCUUCGGGGUCUAUAUAAGAAGAGGACUGCCACCGUCUCACGCACAGUAUGACUUCAUGGAACGCCUGGAUGGAAAGGAGAAGUGGAGUGUGGUCGAGUCGCCCAGGGAACGCCGUAGCAUCCAGACCCUGGUGCAGAAUGAGGCCGUGUUCGUGCAGUACUUGGAUGUGGGCCUGUGGCACCUGGCCUUCUACAAUGACGGCAAGGACAAGGAGAUGGUUUCCUUCAAUACAGUCGUCUUAGAUUCGGUGCAGGACUGUCCACGUAACUGCCACGGAAAUGGCGAAUGCGUGUCCGGACUGUGUCACUGUUUCCCAGGAUUCCUAGGUGCAGACUGCGCUAAAGCUGCCUGCCCCGUCCUGUGCAGCGGGAACGGACAGUAUUCCAAAGGAACGUGCCAGUGUUACAGUGGCUGGAAAGGUGCUGAGUGUGAUGUGCCUAUGAACCAGUGCAUUGAUCCUUCCUGUAGCGGCCACGGCUCCUGCAUUGAUGGGAACUGCGUGUGUGCCGCUGGCUACAAGGGCGAGCACUGUGAGGAAGUGGAUUGCUUGGAUCCCACCUGCUCCAGCCAUGGCGUCUGUGUGAACGGAGAGUGUCUGUGCAGCCCUGGCUGGGGAGGUCUCAACUGUGAGCUGGCGAGGGUCCAGUGCCCAGACCAGUGCAGUGGGCACGGCACUUACCUCCCUGACUCCGGCCUCUGCAGCUGUGACCCAAAUUGGAUGGGUCCCGACUGCUCAGUUGAUGGCUGCCCUGAUUUGUGCAACGGUAACGGGAGAUGCACACUGGGUCAGAACAGCUGGCAGUGUGUCUGCCAGACCGGCUGGAGAGGGCCCGGAUGCAACGUUGCCAUGGAAACCUCCUGCGCUGAUAACAAGGAUAAUGAGGGAGAUGGCCUGGUGGACUGCCUGGAUCCUGACUGCUGCCUGCAAUCAGCCUGUCAGAACAGCCUGCUCUGUCGGGGGUCUCGGGACCCCUUGGACAUCAUUCAGCAAGGCCAGACAGACUGGCCCGCAGUGAAGUCCUUCUAUGAUCGCAUCAAGCUCUUGGCAGGCAAGGACAGCACCCACAUCAUCCCCGGAGACAACCCCUUCAACAGCAGCCUGGUUUCUCUGAUCCGAGGCCAAGUGGUGACUACUGAUGGCACUCCCUUGGUGGGUGUGAAUGUGUCUUUUGUCAAGUACCCAAAAUACGGCUACACCAUCACUCGCCAGGAUGGCACGUUUGACCUGAUUGCCAAUGGGGGUGCUGCCUUGACUCUUCACUUUGAGCGAGCCCCUUUCAUGAGCCAGGAGCGCACAGUGUGGCUGCCGUGGAACAGCUUCUAUGCCAUGGAUACCCUGGUAAUGAAGACCGAGGAGAACUCCAUCCCAAGCUGUGACCUCAGCGGCUUUGUCCGGCCAGAUCCAAUCAUCAUCUCCUCCCCUCUCUCCACCUUCUUCAGCGCUUCCCCAGCAGCGAACCCCAUUGUGCCUGAGACCCAGGUUCUUCACGAGGAAAUUGAGCUCCCUGGUUCCAAUGUGAAACUCCGUUAUCUCAGCUCUAGAACCGCAGGGUACAAGUCGCUACUGAAGAUCACGAUGACCCAGUCCACCGUACCCUUGAACCUCAUCAGGGUUCACUUGAUGGUCGCUGCAGAGGGGCAUCUCUUCCAGAGGUCAUUCCAGGCUUCUCCCAACCUGGCCUACACAUUCAUCUGGGACAAGACGGAUGCUUAUGGCCAAAGGGUUUAUGGGCUGUCGGAUGCUGUUGUGUCUGUCGGGUUUGAAUAUGAGACGUGCCCCAGUCUCAUCCUGUGGGAGAAAAGGACAGCCCUGCUUCAAGGAUUUGAGCUGGACCCUUCCAACCUUGGUGGCUGGUCCCUGGACAAGCAUCACAUCCUCAAUGUGAAAAGCGGAAUACUACACAAGGGCACGGGAGAGAACCAGUUCCUGACCCAGCAGCCCGCCAUCAUCACUAGCAUCAUGGGUAAUGGCCGCCGCAGAAGCAUCUCCUGUCCCAGCUGCAACGGCCUCGCCGAAGGCAACAAACUGUUGGCCCCCGUGGCCCUGGCUGUGGGGAUCGACGGGAGCCUCUUUGUCGGUGACUUCAAUUACAUCCGGCGCAUCUUUCCCUCUCGAAAUGUGACCAGUAUCUUGGAGUUACGAAAUAAAGAGUUUAAACAUAGCAACAGCCCAGGACACAAGUACUACUUGGCUGUGGACCCUGUGACUGGCUCGCUCUACGUCUCUGACACCAACAGCCGCAGAAUCUACCGUGUCAAGUCUCUGAGCGGGGCCAAAGACCUGGCUGGGAAUUCGGAAGUUGUGGCAGGGACCGGUGAACAAUGUCUACCCUUCGAUGAAGCCCGCUGUGGGGACGGAGGGAAGGCUAUAGAUGCAACCCUGAUGAGCCCUCGAGGGAUUGCGGUGGACAAGAACGGGCUUAUGUACUUCGUUGACGCCACCAUGAUCCGGAAGGUCGACCAGAAUGGAAUCAUCUCCACCCUGCUGGGCUCCAAUGACCUCACAGCUGUACGGCCACUGAGCUGUGACUCCAGCAUGGAUGUGGCCCAGGUUCGCCUGGAGUGGCCAACAGACCUUGCCGUCAACCCCAUGGACAACUCCCUCUACGUUCUGGAGAACAACGUCAUCCUGCGGAUCACCGAGAACCACCAGGUCAGCAUCAUUGCGGGACGGCCCAUGCACUGCCAGGUGCCCGGCAUUGACUACUCACUCAGUAAGCUGGCCAUCCACUCCGCUCUGGAGUCGGCCAGUGCCAUCGCCAUCUCUCACACCGGGGUGCUCUACAUCACCGAGACGGACGAGAAGAAGAUCAACCGCCUGCGCCAGGUUACCACCAACGGGGAGAUCUGCCUGCUAGCCGGGGCCGCUUCGGACUGCGACUGCAAGAAUGACGUCAACUGCAUCUGCUAUUCGGGAGACGAUGCCUACGCCACGGACGCCAUCUUAAACUCCCCGUCGUCCUUAGCCGUGGCUCCGGACGGCACCAUCUACAUCGCAGACCUCGGGAAUAUUCGGAUUCGGGCGGUGAGCAAAAACAAACCCGUGCUUAAUGCGUUCAACCAGUACGAGGCCGCGUCUCCGGGGGAGCAGGAGCUGUACGUGUUCAACGCCGACGGUAUCCAUCAGUACACUGUGAGCCUGGUGACGGGGGAGUACUUGUACAAUUUCACGUACAGCGCCGACAACGACGUCACGGAGCUGAUCGACAACAGCGGGAACUCCCUGAAGAUCCGCCGGGACAGCAGCGGCAUGCCCCGCCACCUGCUCAUGCCCGAUAACCAGAUCAUCACCCUCACCGUGGGCACCAACGGGGGCCUCAAAGCUGUGUCCACUCAGAGCCUGGAGCUGGGCCUCAUGACCUAUGACGGGAACACCGGACUCCUGGCCACCAAGAGCGACGAAACUGGGUGGACGACUUUCUACGACUAUGACCAUGAGGGCCGUCUGACCAACGUGACACGCCCCACAGGCGUGGUGACCAGCCUGCACAGGGAGAUGGAGAAAUCCAUCACCAUUGACAUUGAGAACUCUAACCGUGAUGACGACGUCACUGUGAUCACCAACCUCUCUUCAGUGGAGGCCUCCUACACAGUGGUACAAGAUCAAGUGCGAAACAGCUACCAGCUCUGCAAUAACGGGACCCUGCGGGUGAUGUACGCCAACGGCAUGGCUGUCAGCUUCCACAGUGAGCCCCACGUCCUCGCCGGCACCAUCACCCCCACCAUCGGGCGCUGUAACAUCUCACUGCCCAUGGAGAACGGCCUGAACUCCAUUGAGUGGCGCCUGAGGAAGGAACAGAUUAAAGGCAAAGUCACCAUCUUUGGGAGGAAGCUCCGGGUCCAUGGGAGGAACCUCCUGUCCAUUGACUAUGACCGGAAUAUCCGGACGGAGAAGAUCUAUGAUGACCACCGGAAGUUCACCCUGAGGAUCAUUUAUGAUCAAGUGGGCCGUCCCUUCCUGUGGCUCCCGAGCAGUGGGCUGGCAGCUGUCAACGUCUCCUACUUCUUCAAUGGGCGCUUGGCUGGCCUCCAGCGCGGGGCCAUGAGUGAGAGGACGGAUAUUGACAAGCAGGGCCGGAUUGUGUCCCGCAUGUUCGCCGACGGGAAAGUCUGGAGCUAUUCCUAUCUUGACAAGUCCAUGGUCCUCCUGCUGCAGAGCCAACGUCAGUACAUAUUUGAAUAUGACUCCUCUGAACGCCUCCAUGCAGUCACUAUGCCCAGUGUCGCCCGGCACAGCAUGUCCACACACACCUCCAUUGGCUACAUCCGAAACAUUUACAACCCACCUGAGAGCAAUGCCUCCGUCAUCUUUGACUACAGUGAUGAUGGCCGCAUUCUAAAGACAUCUUUCCUGGGCACUGGGCGGCAGGUGUUCUACAAGUAUGGAAAACUCUCCAAGUUAUCGGAGAUAGUCUACGACAGCACUGCGGUCACCUUUGGCUAUGACGAGACCACCGGUGUUCUGAAGAUGGUCAAUCUCCAAAGCGGGGGCUUCUCCUGUACCAUCAGGUACCGAAAGGUCGGGCCCCUUGUGGACAAACAGAUUUACAGGUUCUCUGAGGAAGGCAUGAUCAAUGCCAGGUUUGAUUACACCUACCACGAUAACAGCUUCCGCAUUGCCAGCAUCAAGCCUGUCAUAAGCGAGACCCCCCUUCCUGUUGACCUCUACCGCUACGACGAGAUCUCCGGGAAGGUAGAACAUUUCGGCAAGUUUGGGGUCAUCUACUAUGACAUCAACCAGAUCAUCACCACCGCCGUCAUGACACUGAGCAAGCACUUUGACACCCAUGGGCGCAUUAAGGAAGUGCAAUAUGAGAUGUUCCGGUCCCUCAUGUACUGGAUGACCGUGCAAUAUGACAGCAUGGGCAGGGUCAUCAAGAGGGAACUGAAACUGGGGCCCUAUGCCAACACCACAAAGUACACCUAUGACUAUGAUGGGGAUGGCCAGCUCCAGAGUGUGGCCGUCAAUGACCGACCUACCUGGCGCUACAGCUAUGACCUCAAUGGGAACUUGCACUUGCUAAACCCAGGAAACAGUGCUCGCCUCAUGCCCUUACGCUACGACCUCCGUGACCGGAUAACCAGGCUGGGGGACGUGCAGUACAAAAUCGAUGACGAUGGCUACUUGUGCCAGAGGGGGUCUGACAUCUUCGAAUACAACUCCAAGGGCCUUCUAACAAGAGCGUAUAACAAGGCCAGCGGGUGGAGCGUGCAGUACCGUUACGAUGGCGUGGGCCGCCGAGCUUCCUACAAGACCAACCUGGGCCACCACCUGCAGUACUUCUACUCUGACCUCCACAAUCCCACACGUAUCACCCACGUCUAUAACCACUCCAACUCCGAGAUCACCUCGCUCUACUAUGACCUCCAGGGCCACCUCUUUGCCAUGGAGAGCAGCAGCGGGGAGGAGUACUACGUUGCCUCGGAUAACACCGGGACCCCCCUGGCUGUGUUCAGCAUCAAUGGGCUCAUGAUCAAGCAACUGCAGUACACGGCCUAUGGGGAGAUUUACUAUGACUCCAAUCCGGACUUUCAGAUGGUCAUCGGCUUCCACGGGGGCCUCUAUGACCCGCUCACCAAGCUUGUCCACUUUACUCAGCGUGACUAUGACGUGCUGGCCGGACGCUGGACAUCCCCCGACUACACCAUGUGGAGGAACGUGGGCAAGGAGCCGGCCCCCUUCAACCUGUACAUGUUCAAGAACAACAACCCGCUGAGCAAUGAACUGGAUUUGAAGAACUACGUGACAGAUGUGAAAAGCUGGCUUGUGAUGUUUGGAUUUCAGCUCAGCAACAUCAUUCCUGGAUUCCCAAGAGCCAAAAUGUAUUUUGUGCCUCCCCCCUAUGAAUUGUCAGAAAGUCAAGCAAGUGAGAAUGGACAGCUCAUCACAGGAGUCCAGCAGACAACAGAGAGGCAUAACCAGGCCUUCCUGGCUCUGGAAGGACAGGUCAUCUCUAAAAAGCUCCAUGCCAGCAUCCGAGAGAAAGCAGGCCACUGGUUUGCUACCACCACGCCGAUCAUCGGCAAAGGCAUCAUGUUUGCCAUCAAAGAAGGGCGGGUGACCACAGGUGUGUCCAGCAUCGCCAGUGAGGACAGCCGCAAGGUGGCAUCUGUGUUGAACAACGCCUACUAUUUGGACAAGAUGCACUACAGCAUUGAGGGCAAGGACACGCACUACUUCGUGAAGAUCGGCGCGGCGGAUGGUGACCUGGUCACCCUGGGAACCACCAUCGGGCGCAAGGUGCUGGAGAGUGGGGUGAAUGUGACCGUGUCACAGCCCACGCUGCUGGUGAAUGGCAGGACUCGAAGGUUCACCAACAUUGAGUUCCAGUACUCCACGCUGCUGCUCAGCAUCCGCUAUGGCCUCACCCCUGACACGCUGGACGAAGAGAAGGCCCGAGUCCUGGACCAAGCGAGACAGAGGGCCCUGGGCACUGCCUGGGCCAAGGAGCAGCAGAAAGCCAGGGACGGGAGAGAGGGCAGCCGCCUGUGGACGGAGGGUGAGAAGCAGCAGCUCCUGAGCACGGGACGGGUACAAGGUUACGAGGGCUAUUACGUGCUUCCGGUGGAACAGUACCCGGAGCUGGCAGACAGUAGCAGCAACAUCCAGUUCUUAAGACAGAAUGAGAUGGGAAAGAGGUAACAAAAUAACCUGCUGCCACCUCUUCUCUGGGUGGCUCAGCAGGAGCAACUGUGACCUCCUCUCCUAAGGAGAUGAAGACCUAACAGGGGCACUGAGGCCAGGCUGCUUUAGGAUCCCAAGUGGCAAGAAAGCUCACAUUUUUUGAGUUCAAAUGCUACUGUCCAAGCGCAAAGUCCCUCAUCCUGAAGUAGACUAGAGCUCGGCCACAAAUUCUGAGGAAAACGAAAACAAAAAGGAUGAAUGAAUGAAUGAACAAACACACAAAAUGUUUCAAGUUCCCCUAAAAAUAUGACCCACUUGUUCUGGGUCUAGCCGCAGAAAAGAGACGCAGAAUAGCCAAAAGGAAAGGAGCAGAAAACAAACAAACAAACAAAAACAAAGGCAAACAAAAAGACGAACACACCGAGACCGUACAAACGAAGAAAUGAAGACGAGAAGGCCUCACAUCUAAUACCUCACUCAUUCACCACGUGAGCAACGCAGAGACAUUCACGAGGGCCGGCGUCACCAGACCAGCUGAGGGCGACUCAGACUGUUGGACAAACACUUCCCGACGUUUUCGUUUAAGCAAAUACAGGUGCAUUUAAAAAACAUGACUUUGGGGGUGAUUUGUGUGUAGCGCCUGGGGAGGGGGGGGCACAAAAGUGGAGGAGCGAGCACUGGAAAUACUUUUUAAAGAAAAAGAAAAACACAAGAAAAAAAUUAAUAUCAGAAGUCAAAGCGAAAACAAUACCGUCCAGCACUUAACUCUCAGGUCACUACUUAGUCGGGCCUGAGCUAAUUUAUUUGAGCGCAGAGUGUAAAAUUUAAUUCAAAACGGUGGCUAUACUCACUACACAUAAAUCUCAUAAUCUUUUUGUCUUUGGAGAUUCCAUUGUGGACAGUAAUACGCAGUUACAGGGUGUAGUCUGUUUAGAUUCCGUAGUUCGUGGGUAUCAGUGGCGGUAGAGGUUCGACAUUUGUGACUCUGUUGCUAACGGUACCACUUCCGAUCGCCCUGUACAUACAUACGCCGCAAGGCACGAUCACUGUUUCAGACUUAAAAUUAUUAGUGUGUUUGUUUGGUCCAGAAACUGAGACAAUCACAUGACAGUCACCACGAGGAGAGAAAAUAAAAAAUAAAUAAAAACAAAAAAAGUUUAAAAAAUUAAAAAAAAAAAACUCACAAAAAAAAAAGUCUAAGAACUUUGGUACAGGAACUUUUUUGUAAUAUACAUGUAUGAAUUGUUCAUCGAGUUUUUAUAUUAAUUUUAAUUUGCUGCUAAGCAAAGACUAGGGACAGGCAAAGAUAAUUUAUGGCAAAGUGUUUAAAUUGUUUAUACAUAAAUAAAGUCUCUAAAACUCCUGUGGACACUGGUCUUCUGUGGAAAUGCUUUA